GGGAUGUGUUGAUGUUGCACUUUACAUGCAAAAAGCGCUCAAGAAGACUGCCAUGAAAUUUUACUAGUUUGACUAUUUGUGCAAUUUCAUCCGAGAACUUUAUACAUUUAAACGUUAUUUUCUGGUCCUGAGUGGAGUAGACAUGGCUGACCAGGAAACUGGGCCCAAUGGGCUGGCUAAGAGGGCUGCAGCAGGUGCUGCGGUUUUCAAAGUGCGUGAGGCUGCAAUGGCUAUUCUUCAAAACGAAUCUACUGGUAACCUGAAAGUACAAAAACGGAUUGCCCCAUCGACUCCUUUAAUUGUACCAGAACCUUCCCUGAAGCCGUACAAGCGCCCCCCCACUCUGCUAUUGCCACCUUCAUACAGCGCCAACCCAGUUGGAGGAUUUACCUGUGAGGUGUGCGGCCAGAACUUCUUCUCUUUUCCUCAGGUGGUGAGACACAAACAGUUCCACGACGAAGAAAGGCCCUUUCCCUGUGGUGUGUGUGGGAAACGUUUCCUGAGCCGCAGCCACUACACUGAGCACCAGCGGGUUCACACUGGGGAGCGGCCCUUUCCCUGCGACCAGUGUGAGCGCUCGUUCACCACACACCACAACCUGAAGCGUCACCAAACCAUCCAUGCCAAAGAAGAGGCGUAUCGCUGCCGGAAAUGUGGCGUGCUUUUCUGCCAGCGUCACGAGUACCCCGGGGGCAUACCCAGACCCGACCUCGAGCCUCGACCUGGGUUUGAGUCCACAUCCACGAUGCAACCAACACCUCCCAUUCAGGUCACACUCACACCCAAGCAGCUUAAGAAGCUUAACAAGAAGCUUAACAAGAAGCUUAACAAGAAGCUUAAUAAGAAGAGCCAUGAUCUCUCAACUAAACAUGAUCAUUCUAAAAAGAAAAAGAGGAGUAGAGUCAAACAUCCAGGCCCAGCAGAGAAAGUGAAUUAUGUGCGUCAAGAGGAACUUUGGCCUGUGUUGUUAACUAAAGGAGAAAAAUUGCAAAAAGUUGCUUAUGACAUUGAGGUUAUUAUAUGAUGAUAAAACAAAAUGGGAUAAUUAGUCCGAUCAUGAUUAAAAAAAUAAGUUUGUUUUGUUUCAUCUCCACCGAUGUGGACGCUGUUUCAGAAAGGAGUUCUACCUUGAAACACUUGUUUUGCCUCGCAUCGUGAUUUUGGUAUUUAUUCCUUCAUGAGUUUGAGAAAAUAACUUUCCACAAUUGAUCAUGAUUUGGAAACAUUAUGUCAAUCAUUUCAAAUGAUUAACUGUCCUCUGAAAUGUUAUGGUUUUGCUUUUGAGAUCUUGACCAUUUUUUUUGUAUUAGAAUAGAAUAUAGACACUUUUGAGUUAUGAUUCAUUCAGUUGUUUUGAUCCAUUGCCAUGUAAGGGCUAGUGUCCAUGCAUUAUUAAAUGACAUGCUAUUAAACUAGUUAACUCCUCUGAUGUGGCACAUCAAAAUGUAUUUCCAUAUCAAAUAAUGUUAAUCUGCUUUUCGGAUUAUGUUCAUAAAGGCCUGUAGGGUUUCUCUCUGGGCCUUAACCAUUGAGUUGUCCAGAAAUUGCCUUCACCAAUUUAUGUAAGCAAAAAUAAUCAUGAUGCAUUGUUGUUGAUUAAUUACUAAAUGUACCUGUCAUAAGAACAAGUGAAUCCCGAUAUCUGUAGUCUGUGUAAUGUGGACAGUGUUGUGAAAUUUGGGUAACAGAGUCUAUGUAUGUCGAAAUGAUACGUCUCCAGUUGAAUUCUGCAUAACUACCUCAGGCUGAUUGUAAAAUGUAUUUUUUAAAUUGAUAAUGGGAUUACUUACACAUUUAUUGCCUUUGUCUU